AUGCCUCCUGUGAAGAAGAUUUCCGUCAAUAAGAUCAAAAAGGAUUCGAAUUCUCCCAAAAAGUUGAAUGUCACAGAGAAGUCUGGCCUUGUAUUUCCUCCUCUGCGUAUUCGUCGAAAGCUUAAGACUGGUCGUUAUGCCACUCGUGUAACCAAACCAACUUCGGUUUAUAUGGCUGCUGUGCUCGAGUACUUGACUGCUGAGGUGAUUGAACUUGCUGGGAAUGCUGCGCGUGAUCUCAAAGUGAAGCGUAUUACUCCGCGUCAUUUGCAUUUGGCUAUUCGGGGAGAUGAAGAGAUGAUAGCUGGGGUUGUGACCGUUGUUAACCCAGUAUCUCCUUAUUAACCGGUACUUUUCUAGGGUAAUCCAUAGUUUAAGAACUCUUUUUCGGUUUUAUUUCUGGUUAAAUAUCACAUUUUGGGGGAAUUUCUGAAAAAUCACUUGCUGGGGUUGUGACCGUUGUUAACCUAGUGUCCCCUUAUUAUCCUGUACUUUGUUUUUUUUCGGGUAAUCCAAGUUUAAGAAUCCCUUUUUUGGUUUUAUGUUUUGGCUAAAUAUCACAUUAUGGGUGUGUUCACAAAUUUUCGCUUU